AUGCCGAGGAAAGCUCUCGUCUUCAUGCGCUAUGGUCCCUACCGCUCCUUGAACCUGACUGUGGAGCACCGCACCUUCCGCCUGCAGGGCCUGCUAGCUGUAUUACAUAAAGCUGGACACCGUGUUGUCCUACAGAAGAUAGAGGAUUGGAAUGCCCUAGAGCUCAUAGUGAAUGGUGAAGUCGUUUUCAAGUGCAAAAUUAGUGAUUUGGACUUUGGAGGUGAUGGCAAAUUAGAUCCACUGUGUGAAAAGGCCAGUAUAGCAGUGCUACAUGCCUACUAA